AUGGCAGACAAAUCAGCUUUUGUGCCAGUCGAUGCCAUCGGAAACCACAAGAACACGGAUCUUGACGUCGACAUAGGACGACAAGUUGUUCGGAACAAAGCCGCAAAGCCAGGAAAGUUCCAGUACAAGAAGUCAUCCACCUAUCAGAAAACCUAUGCUAAAUAG